AUGACAAAAGUGCAACCUGCAAACCCCAUCAGUGGCUUUCCUUACUGUUAUAAUUUGAGGUAUACUGUAUUGGUUUGAAGGUAUAGACAUGCAAAAUAGUAUUAUAAUGUACGUCGUCCAUCCCCUAUGUGAUGUAGUACCACUAUUGUUUUCUUACUGCUUAUAAUUACAGCCAGGUUCUCCCAUCCAAGUAUUUUUUGUGUGAUGUCAUUUUUCAUGUCACUCAAACAAUCCUUAUUUUCCAAACAUGUAUAUCAAAAUAUUCUCACUGAUACAGGUCUGCAGGUCAAAUAUUCAGUUCAAAUACAAUUUUAUACCAACCUCAAAACAGUGUUAUAGAUAUGUGUCUUAUGAACCAUUUCCCUUUGUGUUCCAGGUCUCCAGGUCAUCUUUCCAGAGUACCUCCAGGAGAAGUUUGUCCAGUCGGCUCUGAGCUACAUCAUGUGUAACGGGGAGGGGGAGUACGUCUGCCAGAACAGCCAAUGUAUCUGCAUGUGUGCUGACGAGUACCCACAAUGCAACUGUCCUAUCACUGACAUCCAGAUCAUGGAGAACACCCUGCUUGGGCAGGCGGAGUCCUGGGCUACCUCUUACAAGGACUUUGAGAACUCAGGUAAGCAGGGAAGGAUAUGGUAGCAAAUUCUAGUUUACUGUAAGUCUUGUUAGACUACUGUACAGUCUACUAUAGUUUUGUUCAGCCAUGUGUCUUCGUCCACAAACACGAUGGUUGUGGUAAGUGAUGUUACUGUUGAGUUCAGGUAACAUAUUAAUUAACAUCAUGCUUUGGAUUGCAAUUUAAUGUUAUUUUAGCCCAUCCAGCAACUAUAUUCCUAAAGUAAGGAAGAAACAAAGAUAUAGUGGCUUGCAAAAGUAUUCACCCCCUUGGCAUUUUUCCUAUUUUGUUGCCUUACAACCUUGAAUUAAAAUGGAUCUUUUGGGCAGGUUGUAUAAUUUGAUUUACACAACAUGCCUACCACUUUGAAGAUGCAAAAUAUUUUUUAUUGUGAAAAAAACAAGAAAUAAGACAAAAAAACAGAAAACUUGAGCGUGCAUAACUAUUCACCCCCCCCCCAAAGUCAAUACUUUGUAGAGCAACCUUUUGCAGCAAUUACAGCUGCAAGUCUCUUGGGGAAUGUCUCUAUAAGCUUGGCACAUCUAGCCACAGGGAUUUUUGCCCAUUCUUCAAUGCAAAACUGCUCCAGCUCCUUCAAGUUGGAUGGGUUCUGCUGGUGUACAGCAAUCUUUAAGUCAUACCACAGAUUCUCAAUUUGAUUGAGGUCUGGGCUUUGACUAGGCCAUUCCAAGACAUUUAAAUGUUUCCCCUUAAACCACUAGAGUGUUGCUUUAGCAGUAGGCUUAGGGUCAUUGUCCUGCUGGAAGGUGAACCUCCGUCCCAGUCUCAAAUCUCUGGAAGACUGAAACAGGUUUCCCUCAAGAAUUUCCCUGUAUUUAGCGCCAUCCAUCAUUCCUUCAAUUCUGACCAGUUUCCCAGUCCUUGCCGAUUAAAAACAUCCCCACAGCAUGAUGCUGCCACCACCAUGCUUCACUGUGGGGAUGGUGUUUUCGGGUGAUGAGAGGUGUUGGGUUUGCGCCAGACAUAGCGUUUUCCUUUAUGGCCAAAAAGCUCAAUUUUAGUCUCAUCUGACCAGAGUACCUUCUUCCAUACGUUUCGGGAGUCUCCCAAAUGCCUUUUGGCGAACACCAAACGUGUUUGCUUAUUUCUUUAAGCAAUGGCUUUUUUCUGGCCACUCUUCGUAAAGCCCAGCUCUAUGGCUUAAAGUGGUCGUAUGGACAGAUACUCCAAUCUCCGCUGUGGAGCGUUGCAGCUCCUUCAUGGUUAUCUUUGGUCUCUUUGUUGCCUCUCUGAUGAAUGCCCUCCUUGCCUGGUCCGUGAGUUUUGGUGGGCGGCCCUCUCUUGGCAGGUUUGUUGUGGUGCCACAAUCUUUCCAUCUUUUAACAAUGGAUUUAAUGGUGCACCGUGGGAUGUUCAAAGUUUUGGAUGUUUUUUUAGAAUCUAACCCUGACCUGUACUUUUUCACAACUUUGUCCCUGACCUGUUUGGAGAGCUCCUUGGUCUUCAUGGUGCCGCUUGCUUGGUGGUGCCCCUUGCUUAGUGGUGUUGCAGACUCUGGGGCCUUUCAGAACAGGUGUAUAUAUACUGAGAUCAUGUGACAGAUCAUGUGACAAUUAGAUCCACACAGGUGGACGUUAUUUAACUAAUUAUGUGACUUCUGAAGGUAAUUGGUUGCACCAGAUCUUAUUUAGGGGCUUCAUAGCAAAGGGGGUGAAUACAUAUGCAUGCACCACUUCUCCUUUAUUUUUUAUAUUUUUCAUUUCACUUCACCAAUUUGGACUAUUUUGUGUAUGUCCAUUACAUGAAAUCCAAAUAGAAAUCCAUUUAAAUUACAGGAUGUAAUGCAACAAAAUAGGAAAAACACCAAGGGGAUGAAUACUUUUGCUAGGCACUGUAUUUGCCUUAGAUUCAGGUUAAAUUAACUAAGAUAGCAAUAAAGAAGAUAACAAAUGAUAAGGAUAUCCCAUGACUAGGCUCCUCUCUUGGCUUCCCUCUCCGGUUUGCGUAGAGGCCAAUUAUGACUAUAGGACCAUUUGCAUAUGGAUCUCAGCUAGGCUCUAAUGACCGGUCUUAAGCCAGGGCUACUUCCACUGAUCUGUCCUCAAACAAAACACCAGAUGCAGGUCUUUACAGCAUCCAAUAUCCACAGCAAACAGUGAUAUAAUGGUAUAUCCACUGACAGUAAGCUCUAAAUCCAGCAGUUUUUUAUUCAGAUGUCGUCAUUUUACGUGAGUCACCUUCCAUAGAAUACACCACAUAAAGCGUGCAUGUUAACUUCUUGGAGCCAAUCUGCAAUAAAGUGUGGUAUGAAUAAUUCAGCGGCCCAUUCAAACGCCUUCUGGUUUAGAAGAAGGCUCUAGCAGUUAAUUGUAACAGUCAAUUCUCUCUACACCCCUCAGUCAAGUUUCACUAAUCAUGCCAUAGGCUAAAUGUGUGUGAGGAGCCAUUGUCACUCAGUCACAUAGGGAAGCCACCCACCAUGCAAUCAGUACAGGCCACUACAUGAACCCAAGGGUGAAACAAUAACUUCUGUAGAUUUUUCAAUGCAUGGCAUUAAUGUGAGAUGAACCCACUGCAUUAUAUAGCUUGCAAAAUAGAAGAUGUGACCUUGAAAGAUAUGUGUGUGUUUGUGUGUUUGUGUGUGUGUGUGUGUGUGCGCGUGUGUGUGUUAAGGGUAAUGGUUUUGAUGUGUGACUAUUUGGUGUGUGGGUGUGACUAUUUGGUGUGUGUGUGUUAGUGUGUGUACAUUUGUGCGCAUGGAUGCACGUGUGUGUAUGCGUGUGAGCCUGUGUGUGUUGAAUAUUUGUCUCAAGCAGCAAGCAAUUCUUCAAAACCGAUGGCAUCAUUAUAAAACUGUUACAAUUAAAACUCAAUCUGCAUCGUUUCAGUUGGUGAAACCCCAUCAACAAGCCACCAUAUUCCACAUGCCUAGUGAAUGACCCAUAUAGAGGGGCGGUUAUGUCUGGCCACACACAUAUACACACACAUACUCAGCCACAUCCCCUGUCUCAUCCCCUACUGAUCAAGUCAGAGUAGUGAAGUACAGAGGAUGUUGGACCGGGAUACUCCCAAAGGGAGUCGCUCAGUAUCCACCUGACGGGGCUCAUACUCAUAUAUUAUUAACAAGUAAUAAAAGGAGACAAAUAAAACCUGACAGCCAUACAUAUAUAUUUAUAUAUUAUAGAGGACACAAAUUGAGUUUGAGUCGCUCAAGGUCAUUGGCUGCAAUAUAUCCACUGAAGAGAUUUCUAAGAUGAAGUGCCUACAGUAUCAGAUAGCCAUUUUUAAAAGAAUACAUAGAAGGGGAGAAAAUUGUGUAUUCCUAUUUAAAGGUAGACUACGAUUUGACGCUGAUGCAGAAAGUACAUUUCUGCAACAACUAAGAGCAUUGAAGCAUGACCCACUGGGCACAGACAUCAGUUCAAUGUCUAGUUUUGAUUUACAUUUGGUUGAGUUGUCAAUUAACGUGAAUACAACGUGAAAUCAACAAAAAAUAUCACAAUGUCAUUGGAUUUACUGUAGGUUCAAAGUUGGGUGAAAAAGAGACACAAUUCAACGUUGAUUCAAUGUCAUCACUUAUCAUUUUUGGCUUCUUGGAAUGACAUGGAAACAACAUUGAUUCAACCAGUUUUUGACCAGUGGUGAAGCUAAACUUCUCUGCUGUUUUGGUCCCCUGGCUACCAAGCUCUAAUAGCGUAAAGCGAACCUGUGCACAUCCGCAGAUACAGUGAAUGAAUGUGUAAGAUGGAAAUCUUGCAUCUCGCUCAUCUCAAUAUCUGCGGUGCUGCUUGUGGUAACGUCAUUUUGCUGAGUCUACCUUUAAUGAGAGUAUUUUGUUUGAUCAGAUGUAUUAUAAUCAUGUAUGCCAAUGGUAUUUUGAGAGCUUAAUUCAAGGCAUGUAAUGCGUCAUGAUACACGCAAGCUUCCUUGUUCAGGAAAACAACACCUGAGAACAGAAAGCACAGGAAGGAGACUGAUCCAAGGUUGCUCUGACAACAGACAAUCUUUGUCUGUGUCCCUCAAGAUCUCUUACACACACUCCUUCCCUCUCCCUCCUCUAGAUGAGUUUAAGUCGUUCCUGAAGAGGCUGCCCUCCACCCACUUCCUGCCGGUCAGCAGUGUCCACCUCCUGUGGGGCAGUGACUGGGACCUGCAGGCCCGCUACCGCCUGCUCCAGAGCUCCCUGGAGACCCAGAGGCUCAAGAUCCAGCGCACCGCCCGCAAGCUCUUUGGCCUCAGCAUCCGCUGCCACCACAACCCCAACCACCAGAUGCCUAGGGAGAGGUGGGUCUAAGAAGCAGUAAAAAGGCAUUAUGUAACCCUGCUGCAUUGUGUUGUAAUGUGUUGUUUUGAUGAUGCAGAAUUUUGGUGCCAAUGCUGUGGACCACGGUAUCAUGAAAGGUAACUUAGAAAUUUAGAUAAACUGCAACCAAGGUGACAAAAUUAAUCUGUGAGAGAACUCUGUUAGGUAGGGGAUUUUCUGUAUUCCGUAUCAGUAAUGCCUGUUGAAGUACUGUAUGCGAAAACUUUAUGAUACAGUACAUGAUGCUUUUUGACUUUGAAUUUCCCGGCUCUUAUAGUUCGGUCCAUGAAAUCAUGUAAACGCCCAAUGAACCCCAGUCCUACCUAGUAUUUCACAAUGCAGGAUGAAAAAUAAUCUAACCAUGGGAGCUCUCUGGCCGGGUCAGUGCACAAUGUGCCAUCACCUACUGUGACUGCAGAUAGCACGCUUUGCUGCACACAUGGCACUGUGUUAAUGCUAAUGCUGUCUGAAAUGCAUUCUAAAAUGGAGUCAUUCCACCCCAUAAUAUACCAGACAACAUGGAGAAAAAUAGCACACUAAAUACCAGACAUAAAAAUAAAUAAAUAAUAAUGUUACAGCUGCGUGGAAUGUCAAUAUACAAAUAUAAACAGAGAAAAUCCUCAAAAUAUUCAGUUAUGUGGUUAAGGAACGCACAGCUGUCAACUGUCACUAAGGUAGAAGGAACAAACCCACGCUAGGAUGCAAGCUUUGGCAAAGGGUUUGUUCAGAAGUGUUAUCAAAGCAGUGCAGUGCACACUCCGUGCUCGGCAGAGCACACAUCAAGGACGCCUGACGGCACUGUGAAGAGAUACUGUGUUUGUUUAUUUGUUUUUACAUAUGUGUGUGUGUGUUUAUGUGUGAGUGAAUUAUUGUGUGUCUGUGUAUGUAUAUAUGUGUGUGUGUGUGCUCAUGCAUCCGUGUCAGUGAGAGAUGCACUAUGCCAAUAGGCAUCCUCCCUUCAGACCAGGACCCACAUCAGUGUUACUCUUUGAUACCACCAAUGCAGCGUACACUAAGCAUACCGAGAUACUAGUGUUUGUAGUAUCUUUCCUCUGUAGACAUACAGUACACAGGGCUGAUAUGACACAUGUGUAGUCCCUUGCUGUGGGGCUCAGUUCAAGGCACAGGUUUAACAAUUGGUGUUUAUAUUUAAGCACACAGAUUAUCAGGUGGGUUUACUAUGUACUCCCACAUCUGUUAGGAUGAGUUGGGGUGAUAUCUUCUUCCAAAUGUCAUGUACAGUACCAGUCAAAAGUUUGGACACACCUAUUCAUUCAAGGGUUUUUCUUUAUUUUUACUAUUUUCUAAAUUGUAGAAUAAUAGUGAAGACAUCAAAACUAUGAAAUAACACAUAUGGAAUCAUGUAGUAACCAAAAAAGUGUUCAACAAAUCAAAAUGACAGCUUUGCACACUCUUGGCAUUCUCUCAACCAGCUUCACCUGGAAUGCUUUUCCAACAGUCUUGAAGGAGCUUUUCCUUCACUCUGCCGUCCAAUUCAUCCCAAACCAUCUCAAUUGGGUUUAGGUCGGGGGAUUGUGGAGGCCAGGUCAUCUGAUGCAGCACUCCAUCACUCUCCUUCUUGGUAAAAUAGCCCUUACACAGCCUGGAGGUGUGUUGGGUCAUUGUCCUGUUGAAAAACAAAUGAUAGUCCCACUAAGCCCAAACCAGAUGGGAUGGCGUAUCGCUGCUGAAUGCUGUGGUAGCAAUGCUGGUUAAGUGUGCCUUGAAUUCUAAAAAAAUCACAGACAAUGUCACCAGCAAAGCACCCCCACACCAUAACACAUCCUCCUCCAUGCUUUACGGUGGGAACUACACAUGCAGAGAUCAUCCGUUCACCCACACCACGUCUUAGAAAGACACAGCGGUUAGAAUCAAAAAUCUCCAAUUUGGACUCCAGACCAAAGGACAUUUUCCCACUGGUCUAAUGUCUAUUGCUUGUGUUUCUUGGCCCAAGCAGGUCUCUUCUUCCUAUUGGUGUCCUUUAGUAGUGGUUUCUUUGCAGCAAUUCGACCAUGAAGGCCUGAUUCACACAGUCUCCUCUGAACAGUUGAUGUUGAGAAGUGUCUGUGACUUUAACUCUGUGAAGCAUUUAUUUGGGCUGCAAUUUCUGAGGCUGGUAACUCUAAUGAACUUAUCCUCUGCAGCAGAGGUAACUCUGGGUCUUCCAUUCCUGUGGUGGUCCUCAUGAGAGCCAGUUUCAUCAAAGCGCUUGAUGGUUUUUGCGACUGCACUUGAAGAAACUUUCAAAGUUCUUGAAAUGUUCCGUAUUGACUGACAUUCAUGUCUUCAAGUAAUGAUGGACUGUUGUUUCUCUUUGCUUAUUUGAGCUGUUCUUGUCAUGAUAUGGACUUGGUCUUGGACUAUCUUCUGUAUACCCCCCUACCUUGUCACAACACAACUGAUUGGCACCAACGCAUUAAGAAGGAAAGAAAUUCCACAAAUUAUCUUUUAAGAAUGCACACCUGUUAAUUGAAAUGCAUUCCAGGUAACUACCUCAUGAAGCUGGAUGAGUGAAUGUCAAGAGUGUGCAAAGCUGUCAUCAAGGCAAAGGGUGGCUUUUUGAAGAAUCUCAAAUAUAAAAUACAGUUGAAGUCGGAAGUUUACAUACACCUUAGCGAAAUACAUUUAAACUCAGUUUUUCACAAUUCCUGACAUAUAAUCCUAGUAAAAAAAUCCAUUUUUUAGGUCAGUUAAGAUCACCACUUUAUUUUAAGAAUGUGAAAUGUCAGAAUAAUAGUAGAGAGAAUUAUUUAUUUUAGCUUUUAUUUCUUUCAUCACAUUCCCAGUGGGUCAGAAGUUUGCAUACACUCAAUUAGUAUUUGGUAGCAUUGCCUUUAAAUUGUUUACCUUGGGUCAAACGUUUCGGGUAGCCUUCCACAAGCUUCCCACAAUAAGUUGGGUGAAUUUUGGCCCAUUCCUCCUGACAGAGCUGGUGUAACUGAGUCAGGUUUGUAGGCCUCCUUGCUCGCACACGCGUUUUCAGUUCUGCCCACAAAUGUUCUAUUGGAUUGAGGUCAGGGCUUUGUGAUGGCCACUCCAAUACCUUGACUUUGUUGUCCUUAAGCCAUUUUGCCACAACUUUGGAAGUAUGUUUGGGGUCAUUGUCCAUUUUGAAGACCCAUUUGCGACCAAGCUUUAAAUUCCUGACUGAUGUCUUGAGAUGUUGCUUCAAUAUAUCCACAUAAUUUUCCUUCCUUAUGACGCCAUCUAUUUUGUGAAGUGCACCAGUCCCUCCUGCAACAAAGCACCCCCACAGCAUGACGCUGCCACCCCCGUGCUUCAUGGUUGGGAUGGUGUUCUUCGGCUUGCAAGUCCCCCCUUUUUCCUCCAAACAUAACAAUAGUUCUAUUUUUCUUUCAUCAGACCAGAGAACAUUUCUCCAAAAAGUACGAUCUUUGUCCCCAUGUGCAGUUGCAAACCGUAGUCUGGCUUUUUUAUGGCGGUUUUGGAGCAGUGGCUUCUUCAUUGCUGAGCGGCAUUUCAGGUUAUGUCGAUAAAGGACUUGUUUUACUUUGGAAAUAGAUACAUUUGUACCUGUUUCCUCCAGCAUCUUCACAAGGUCCUUUGCUGUUGUUCUGGCAUUCAUUUGCACUUUUCGCACCAAAGUACGUUCAUCUCUAGGAGACAGAUCGCGUCUCCUUCCUGAGCGGUAUGACGGCUGCGUGGUCCCAUGGUGUUUAUACUUGUGUACUAUUGUUUGUACAGAUGAACGUGGUACCUUCAGGCAUUUGGAAAUUGCUCCCAAGGAUGAACCAGACUUGUGGAGGUCUACCAUUUUUUUCUGAGGUCUUGGCUAAUUUCUUUUGAUUUUCCCAUGAUGUCAAGCUAAGAGGCACUGAGUUUGAAGGUAGGCCUUGAAAUACAUCCACAGGUACACCUUCAAUUGACUCAAAUGAUGUCAAUUAGCCUAUCAGAAGCUUCUAAAGCCAUGACAUCGUUUUCUGGAAUUUUCCAAGCUGUUUAAAGGCACAGUCAACUUAGUGUAUGUAAACGUCUGACCCACUGGAAUUGUGAUACAGUGAAUUAUUGUCACGUUCGUUCAUGAACUGGUCAGACCAAGGCGCAGCGUGAUAUGCGUACAUGUUUAUUUUAAUGAAUAAACAUCCGACAAAACAAUAAACAAACGAAACGUGAAGUCCAAGGUAGAACACAAAACAUACCUACACAGAACAAGAUCCCACAACCCACUAAUGCCAAUAGGCUACCUAAGUAUGGGCCCCAAUCAGAGACAACGAGCGACAGCUGCCUCUGAUUGGGAACCACACCGGCCAACAUAGAUCUAGACGAUCUAGAUCUAAACCUAGAAAAUACAACAUAGAACAUACCACACAGAAAAGACACACCCUGACUCAACAAAUACGAGUCCCCAGAGUCAGGGCGUGACAGUAACCCCCCCCAAAGGUGCGGACUCCGACCGCACAACAUAAACAUAACAGGGUAGGAGCUGGCGACGCGCACCACUGGCUUGGUGCGAGGGGCAGGAACAGGCCGGGCCGGGCUGGUGACGCGCACCACUGGCUUGGUGCGAGGGGCAGGAACAGGCCGGGCCGGCGACGCGCACCACUGGCUUGGUGCGAGGGGCAGGAACAGGCCGGACCGGGCUGGCGACGCGCACCACUGGCUUGGUGCGAGGGGCAGGAACAGGCCGGGCCGGCGACGCGCACCACUGGCUUGGUGCGAGGGGCAGGAACAGGCCGGACCGGGCUGGCGACGCGCACCACUGGCUUGGUGCGAGGGGCAGGAACAGGCCGGGCCGGGCUGGCGACGUGCACCACUGGCUUGGUGCGAGGGGCAGGAACAGGCCGGGCCGGGCUGGCGACGCGCACCACUGGCUUGGUGCGAGGGGCAGGAACAGGCCGGGCCGGGCUGGCGACGCACACCACUGGCUUGGUGCGAGGGGCAGGAACAGGCCGGGGCGGGCUGGCGACGCACACCACUGGCUUGGUGCGAGGGGCAGGAACAGGCCGGGCCGGGCUGGCGACGCACACCACUGGCUUGGUGCGAGGGGCAGGAACAGGCCGGGCCGUACUGGGAACACGCACCACUGGCUUAGUGCGGGAAGCAGGAACAGGACGGGCCGGACUGGCAACGCGCACCACUGGCUUGGUGCGAGGGUCAGGAACGGGUCGGGCCGUACUGGGAACACGCACCACUGGCUUAGUGCGGGAAGCAGGAACGGGCCGGACCGGACUGGCGACACGCACCACUUGCUUGGUGCGAGGAGCGGGACUGGGUUCCUUUAUUAACCCCCGCUCCUUCUGCUGCCUAACCAGCUCCUCUCGCCGUGCCUCUACACUUUCCUUCUACCUUAUAGCCUCCUGUAGCGCCUCCCUCUGACCGAAUAACUCCUGCUCCCUCUGAACCAAUAGCCCCCGUAACAUGGUGGCCUCCUCUCCUAACCUGCAGACCCGCCCUUUAACGGCCUCCUGCUGCCUCGUCGUCCACACCGUGUGCCCCCCCCCCCCCCCAAAAUGUUCUUGGGGUUGCCUCUCGGGUCUCCGUCGUCGGCACUCCUCUUCCUGUGAGGACUCCUCCGGGAGCCCCCACGAGUUAGGGAACAGAACCUCGUCAUCCUCCGACUCCUCAGUAUAAUACUGUUCCCACUCCUCUUCCCAUGGUCUUAGGGACGCAAUCUGAAAACCGACCGGGUGCAGUGGUCGGGGCUCUUCUCUCUCGCUCCCCGACCACCCCUUUAGCCCCCCAAUUUUUUUUUAUUGGGGCUGUCUCUCUGGCUUCCUCCUCGACCGGCGUCCUCUGCGUUGCCGUUGCUCCUCUCCUGCCUGGGUAUCUACCUUCGCCCAUGGCCCUUUCCCCGCGAAUAUCUCUUCCCAUGACCACAAUUUGCCCACCUGGGACAUGGCUAUUCGCUCCUCCUGGGCACGCUGCUUGGUCCUCGUUUGGUGGGAUCUUCUGUCACGUUCGUUUAUGAACGGGUCAGACCAACGCGCAGCGUGAUAUGCGUACAUGUUUAUUUUAAUGAAUAAACAACCGACAAAACAAUAAUGAAACGAAACGUGAAGUCCAAGGUAGAACACAAAACAUACCUACACAGAACAAGAUCCCACAACCCACUAGUGCCAAUAGGCUACCUAAGUAUGGUCCCCAAUCAGAGACAACGAGCGACAGCUGCGUCUGAUUGGGAACCACACCGGCCAACAUAGAUCUAGACCAGGGGUGUCAAACUCAUUUUAGCUCAGGGGCCACAUGGAGGAAAAUCUAUUCCCAAGUGGGCCGGACCGGUAAAAUCAUGGUAUAUAUAACUUAAAAACAACAACUUCAGAUUGUUUUCUUUGUUUUAAUACGAUCAACAUAAAACAUAAAGCUGGAGCCUGAGGACAGUGUGUCCAAAAUAGUACAAGCACAACAUCACUAUUAAUCAUAAAACACCUCAAGUUUAUUUGAAAAUUCUAAAGAAAAAUAACACACAAACACACAAUGCCUCAGUGAUUCACAGAACUGUUUCACAGAUCACAGAACUAUAUCAGGGUGUCAUUUCUCAGGCAGAAAUGUAGAUAAAAAUAAUGAAAUCCUGUUCCCCAAACAAGUGCAAGAACCACAGAGUCAAGAAUAGGUUAAAGAUAUAAAUAAAAUAAAAUCAAUUAAAAACAAUAGCACAUCAACAUAAAAACAUAUAAACAUAAAGCUGGAGCCUGAGGACAGUGUGUCCAAAAGCACAACAUCACUAUUCAUCAUAAAACACCUCAAGUUAUUUGAAAAUUCUGAGGAUAAAGAACACACAAACACACAAUGCCUCAGUGAUUCACAGAAGUAUAUCACAGAUCACAGAACUAUAUCAGGGUGUCUCAUGCAGCACUUUAAGUGGGGUUGCAUAGUUUAUUUGACUCCUGAUACCUGGCAUCUUUUAGCUUUCACCAGCGCAUCAAUAUCAGGCGUCACAUCCUGAGUGGCAGCCAACUUCAGGAUGUGAUUCAAGUGCUUGUGCGUGAGCCUUGAGCGCAGCUUUGUUUUAUUUAUGCUCAUUACAGAGAAAACUUGCUCACAAAGAUAUGUGGUUCCAAACAUGCACAACAGUUUUGCAGCGAGGGUUGUCAAGUUGGGGUAACCUGGCAAGAGAUUCUGAUAAAAUGUGUCCAAGCCAGCUGUGGCAAAUUUGCCCUUCAAAUCUGAGUCACACUGCAAGUCUAUUAUUUCAAGUUGGAUGCUGACGGGCAGAUCAGAGGGAUUCACGGUGAAUGGCGUUAUUUUAUCUUUGAACCGCUUCAUGCCUGUCACAUGUUGGGUCGCGCACACAUUUUUCAGACAGGGGAAGUGAGCUGCAUCACCACCGGCGAGUUGCAUCUCCCACAAUGACAGCUUCAACUUGAAAGAACGUAUGCUGUCAUAAUACUGCGUGACAACUUUGUUGCGCCCUUGCAGCUGUUUGUUCAAGUUAUUCAGGUGCUCUGUAACAUCCACCAUAAAUGCAAGGUCCUGCAUCCAUUCUGCGGAAUUAAAUUCUAACACUGGUUUGCCCUUUUCUUCCAUGAACUGUUCAAUUUCUUCUCGUAAAUCAAAAAAACGCCUCAGCACAGCAACUCGGCUUAACCAUCUUACCUCAGUGUGGUAUGGCAGGCCAUAGAUGUGGUCUUUCUCUCUGAGAAGGCUGUCAAACUGACGGUGAUUCAGGCUUCUGGAUCGGAUGAAAUUAACAGUUUGGAUGACCACCUUCAUGACGUUAUCCAUCUUUAAUGACUUGCAACACAAAGCCUCCUGGUGCAAAAUACAGUGAAAGUCAAAAAAUCACGUCCUCCAUUUGCAGAUUGCACUUUCUCUCUGAACUUUGUCACAACGCCUGCUUUUUUCCCGAUCAUUGAGGGCGCACCAUCUGUAGCCAGGCUGACAGCGCGGGACCAGUCCACUCCGACCCUGUCCAGCGCGCCGACGAGUGCGGUGAAAAUAUCAGCUGCUGUUGUUGUAUCUGUCAUCGGCACCAACUCCACGAACUCCUCGGUGACGGUCAAUGUGUCAUCAACUCCGCGGAUGAAAAUGGCCAGUUGUGCAACAUCUGUAAUGUCCGUGCUUUCAUCAAUUGCAACCGAAAACGCAAUAAAUGAUUUUACUUUUUGCUUCAACUGGCUGUCCAAAUCCACUGAAAGAUCGGAAAUCCUGUCUGCAACUGUGUUUCUUGUCAGGCUGAUAUUUGCAAAAGCCUGGCGCUUUUCAGGGCACACAAUCUCCGCUGCCUUCAUCAUGCAUGUUUUUACAAAUUCACCCUCACUAAAUGGUUUUGAAGCCACUGCGAUUUCAUUAGCAAUGAGGUAGCUAGCUUUCACUGCAGCGUCACUGAUGUCUCGGCUGUGAGUAAACACAGACUGCUGUUUCUUCAGACCCGCCAACAGUUCAUUCACCUUCUCUCUUCUCCGCUGUCCUUGAAAGUUGUCAUAUUUGUCCACAUGAAGACUCACAUAGUGGCGACGAAGGUUAUAUUCUUUCAGCACUGCAACAUGCUGUGAACACACCAAACAUACAGUUUUCCCAUUCAAUUCCGUGAAUAAAUAGGAGGAUGACCAUUUUUCUUGGAACACUCUGCACUCUGCGUCCACUUUUCUCUUUUUUGACAGAGACAUAUUGGGGCAAUGAGGGUGCCAAAGCACAUAAUGUUAAUAGUAGAAGCCGUAAUAAAUAUCGCGGGCAAAACAAAGUAGCUCAUCCGGACUGGCAGCACUUGCUUGACCUACUUGCUCUGCCCCGGUAUAAACAGUUUGCUUGCUUAACACAAUUGCUAUUGCGCCAUCCAGUGGACUCAAUUGGAACAGCAGUUUCUUUUAUUGAAAAAUUGCAGCGCAUUUUUAUACUUUACAAAAUCAUCUUGCGGGCCGGAUUAAACCCGUUUGCGGGCCUGAUCACGGGCCGGACGUUUGACACCCCUGAUCUAGACGAUCUAGAUCUAAACCUAGAAAAUAGAACAUAGAACAUACCACACAGAAAAUACACACCCUGACUCAACAAAUACGAGUCCCCAGAGUCAGGGCGUGACAAUUAUAAGUGAAAUAAUCUGUUGUUGGAAAAAUUACUUGUGUCAUGCACAAAGUAGAUGUCCUAACCAACUGGCCAAAACUAUAGCUUGUUAACAAGAAAUUGGUGGAGUGGUUGAAAAACGAGUUUUAAUGACUCCAACCUAAGUGUAUGUAAACUUCCGACUUCAACUGUAUAUAUUGAUUUGUUUAGCGCUUCUUUGGUUACUACAUGAUUCCAUAUUUGUUAUUUCAUAGUUUUGAUGUCUUCACUAUUAUUCUACAAUGUAAAAAAUAGUAAAAAUAAAGAAAAACCCUGGAAUGAGUAGGUGUGUCCAAACUUCGACUGGUAGUGUAUAUCUGUGUGCAAUAUAGUGCAAUGUUACUCCAUUUAAAAAGCACAUAUCCACACCACCACCAUUACAUACAGCACUAGUAGUAGUAGCAGCAGUAGAUAUUGUUGUCCUGCUGCUCAGAGUUGAGUUGAGGCCCUAGCCUCUCUGGUGGCAUGGCCUUUGCCCUGAAGGGCCGAGUUGGAGAGAGAGAAGACUGCCUGUGACAACCCAGCAAUCCCUGCUACUGAUGUACUCCCCACCGACGGGACACAUGCCUAUAAUUAUAGGAAGCAAGGCUCCUUCAGUCCCAAUCGGAUUCCGGCAGUGGAGAGCCCUGGACAACUGCAGGAACAAUAAGAACCCAGUCUCUCCAGGGCUGGAAGGGGUUCCUCCACAGUUUGACCCUACUGUGGAAGGCUGCUUAGCUCCAGACCUGCAGGGAGAAACCCAGGGUGGACUUUGAUGGUGGUGGCUUGUCCUCAGGCUGCUACCCGUAGUCUAAUUACACACUUACUUCAAUAGCGAUAAUCAUUGUUACACAAUCCACAGGCAAUCUACAGGCACGGCUGGACCGUACCCUUUUAAACAUUUAUGGUGUUUUCGCAGGUGCAAUGAGUGGAACAUUCCAAGCAGUUCAGAGUAGAGCCUCAGCGUUGUUUCUUUUAAGCAUACUACUAGAUGUACUGCAUAACUAGGACCAGGAGAUUUUCAUGGCCAUGUGUUUUUACCUGGAAAAACUCUGGGUUCUACGUUUUUCCUGGUCAGAUCAUGUGGACAGGAAAGACUCAUGCCUUUAUGCAUAACCAGAUGACUAUACAACCAGUGGUGUAAAGUACUUAAGUAAAAAUACUUUAAAGUACUACUUAAGUCAUUUUUGGUGGUAUCUGUACUACUUCUGUAAACUUUCACUUUUACUUCACUACAUUCCUAAAGAAAAUAAUGUACUUCUUACUCCAUACAUUUAUUCUGACCCCCAAAAGUUGUCGUUACAUUUUAGCAGGACAGGAAAAUUGUCAAAUUCAUGCACUUAUCAAGAGAACACCCCUGGUCACCCCUACUGCCUCUGAUCUAGCAGACUCACUAAACACAAAUGCUUUGUUUGUAAAUGAUGUCUGAUUGUUGGAGUGUGCCCCUGGCUAUCCGUAAAUAAAAAUUAAAAAUAUUAAAAUUGUGCCAUUUGGUUUGCUUAAUAUAAGCAAUUUGAAAUUAUUUAUACUUUUACUUUUACUUUUGAUACUUAAGUAUAUUUUUUGCAAUUACAUUUACUGUUGAUACUUACGUAUAUUUAAAACCAAAUACUUUUAGACUUUUACUGAAGUGGUAUUUAACCGGGUGACUUUCACUUUUACUUGAGUCAUUUUCUAUUAAGGUAUCUCUACUUUUACUCAAGUAUGACAAUUGGGUACUUUUCCCACCACUGUAUACAUUUACAUUUUAGUCAUUUAGCAGACACUCUUAUCCAGAGCGACUUACAGUUUUAGUGAGUGCAUACAUUUUCAUACUGGCCCACCGUGGGAAACGAACUCACAACCCUGGCGUUGCAAGCGCCAUGCUCUACCAACUGAGCUACAAACAUGAGCUGUGUGCAUAAGUCAUAUUUUCAUUGGAUUUAGCUUGAGGUAAAUAAAGGAAAGUAAAGGAUGGUGCUUAUUCAAGCCUGGUUGCCAUUUCAUGAAUGCAUGCGUGCGGCAGAUCUCUAAGAUUCAUGUGGUAUUCAACCAAAAAAACGUCUGUAAUUAAAUUAGUAACCAAAGCGUGGUGGCCGUCUCUACGUAUGAAAGGCCUCACUGUCCCUCACUGAUGGCUAGCUCUAAUUGCACUCGUUUGUCAUCAGCCUGUAGCUGAUAAACUGGUGGUUGAACGAACUUGCAUUAGAAAAACAUCCGAUGUGUUACAAGGUAAAUGUAGGCUUAGCUCCACCUGCCUCACCUUGUCUUACACCCACUCACCUAUCACAGAUGUGAGCUCUCUCUGCUGGGAAUAUGCCUUUGCAGAGCUAUAGCAGACGUGCCAGGGGAUUAUAGCUCCUCUCAAACAGAGAGUGAUUAAUGGUGAUGGAUAUAAUAUAGCAUAACUCCCAGCCAAGUAAUCGGCAUCCAUGUUUAUGUAUCAAAGUAAUUAUUCAUGGGAAGACUUUAUCAUGUUAACAGAUUUGACUGUACUCUAUAUAUUAUUUAGCAGUAUUUGCUAUAGACGUUGACAGGGUUAUGGAUGUCAAGAUAUGUCUGGUACAUAACUCCCUUACAUAAGAAAUUCUAUCAAUAAUGAAAUUGCAGGCUAUUUUUGUUAUCCAACAUAAUGCACCAAUAGAAAACUAUCACAUUCAGUCAUCAGUUUUGACAAAUAUGUAUCUCUCUCUGUAUCUGUAUUUAUCUCUGUAUGUACUCUGUACCUCCCUCUCUCUUUUAUUUCUCUCAUUCUAUCUCUCUCUCUCUCUCUCUCUUUCUUAUUCCCUCGUUCCCCCAAACAGAAGGGGUCUUGUGAUAAUCUAUGUCAUCUGCGCUGAGCACCAGAGCUGUCUGAUGCCCCAUUACAAACACAGAGAUUGUGCUGUGAUUUGGGAAAACAAACAGCAUUCAUUCCCACUCGUUUCCAUCUCAUUCCCUGUGGCAAACUCAACCCAGCUACUUGUUUUGGAGGGAAAAAAAUAAGGAAAAAUAAAACUACCAGCAUGAUGCUCUCAAAUUGCAUAUUGACGGAAGCAGUUAUAUGAUGGAACAUAUUUUAUUCCAGUGUUUCAGAUCACAUAAAACUGUAGUUAUUGCAGAUAAAUUCAAGGGGGAAUAUAUGGAAUAAUAUGAGUAUGCCUGCCUCUCGUACGUAAAUGAAUAGAUCAUAAAACUAAUAGGAAUGGUUUAAUCUUUGUGGCGUAAACAUUCGCAAAACCUUUGAAAUGUAUUUCGUCAUUUGCAGCAAACAUUUCUCAAAAGUCCAAUAAGUACCUGAGGGCAGGAAAAAGGAGGAUUAUUUUAAGGAUCUCAUACCUUGUGUUUUGUGUCAAUGCCAGAGGAACCUUUUGUGUUCUUCGAACUUUUGGAGACAGACUGCAUUAUAAACCUGUUUAUUCGUUUUGUCAUUCAACUUUGGUUGUUUGUCAUGGUGCUUUUAUCGGUAACACGUUACUUGACACCCAUGGUCAUAACCAUGUCAUAAUAUGUUAUAACAGCUGACAGAACUGUCAUAAUAUGGUCAUAAUACUGUCAUGACCCAUAUAUUUAUACCUGUUGUGACAUACAGUAUGUUGUGUCAUUUUAUGGCUGGUUAUGACACCUACAUAACAGUGUCAAAACCCACAUUUAUUCAAAUUAGUUUUUUCCCUACCAAGAAGUUUCCUUUUGUUUUGAAAGUUUGUUUCUUAAAUCCUUUGUUGUUGUUAUAAUGAAUUCUUUACAGUCAUGUUUUUUUCAUCAUAUUUUAAAUAACUUGUAGAAAAUACACUUUACGACACUGUCGUGAAGCAUUAUGACCAUCAUAAUCAUAUAAGCCAUGCCCUUAUAUCAGUCAAAAAGAGGGUGUUUUGUCCUGCUCCUGAAAUCCGCUCCUGCAUUCAACCCAGACAUCAGCAACAGAGCAUUGGGGUAGGUGCAUGUCUGACAUCAAUGUGUACGCAAUUACAAUGAUAAUUUAAUAUGGUCAAUUUCCCAAAACAUAAUAUAACAUCAACAUACUGUUGACACGUAGGCUAUGGUGUAAUGGAAUGUUUUGCCUUGUGUGGUAGGUUUUGUGGGUUUUGACACUCUUAUGUAGGUGCCAUAACCAGCCAUAACAUAACUACCUUGGUAGGUUUUGUGGGUUUUUACACUCUUAUGUAGGUGUCAUAACCAGCCAUAAAAUAACACAAUAUAUGUCAGAACAGGUCUAAAUAUAUGUGUCAUGACAGUGUUAUGACCAUAUUAUAACAGGUUACGAGAAGUUAUGUCAGCUGUUAUGACAUGGUUAUGACUUUGUCAUAACAUGUUAUGAUGCUGGGUGUCAAGUAAAUUCUUACCCUUUUAUCCAUCUCCUCCUCCGUUUUUUUUGUUCUGUGAAACAUUAUAUUCAAGGUUCCUCUCAAGAUUCAAGAUGCUCUUACAUGAGCACUGGAACCUAUUUUUCAUUUCAACAGAACAGCCAUUGGCUUUGUCUUUAUGUCCUGUAGAGAUAAGAGUGGGGUGAAUAUGUGGCCGUGACCAAAAGCAUUACUUUCUCAAAGUGCAUCUUGCGGGACAUGCAUUCAGCCAUGUCUUUGUUAUUUUACAAUGUUCCUCUUAUCUUUUGAUACUCCUCUCUUCAGUUAAGGGGAACAGAUAAAGGAACUUUUAUCAGGGUAGGACUGAAAAUGUACUAGUACAUAUCGAAGAUUGCCUCAAAAGUACAUCUGCUUUUUGUCAGUUUAACCAGUCUUCACAAAAUAAUGGAGUCAGGUUGAUGUAAGAAUUGCUAAUUAAAGACGAAAUGUUAAAUGGAUUAAAAUAUAUUUCUCAGAUCUGAAUUCAAUUUGUUCAAACUCAGUAUUAACUCAAAGUAAAACUUUAUCAAAUCACUUUUGGGAAUCUGUCUGAUUAUAAUUUUAACAUAUCCUCAAAGUACCAGUGACAUAUCCUUCAACCAAUUUCAUAUCCCAUAGGAGCAAAAGUAGUUUGGGUCUGUAGAGUGUCUCCUCUGUCCCCUUCCCUGACCCUACCCAUGGCUCAUUUUGGUUCAUAAGCAUGUCAGGCUAAACUUGAGCUCAUGCUCUCCAACCUCUCCUAGAAAAUCACCCUCAUCUCACAGUAGAAAGUUUCAGUACUACCAAGAUGACAGAAAGGGAUGCCUGAGGGGGAAUAAGAGACACGAUUUGCAUAGGAAAUAAUGCUUCCAUCCCACAUGAGGGAAAUAAAGGAACUCUGCCUUUGAGGAAUACAUUAUCCCCCCCACAGACUAGACCGUAACAAACAGUAGCAGGCUGUGGCAGUGGCAGUGGAGGUUAAUCCUCAGAGUUAAACACUGAGUUUGUGCUUGCUAAAUGGUCCUUAUUAAUGGUGCAUUUUAUCCCUGUGUCUCCCCUCCCCAAUUUGUUCUAUUCCCCCUCGAUCACUCUGGCUGACACCUUUUCUUUCUUUCUUUCUUUCUUUCUUUCUUUCUUUCUUUCUUUCUUUCUUUCUUUCUUUCUUUCUUUCUUUCUUUCUUUCUUUCUUUCUUUCUUUCUUUCUUUCUUUCUUUCUUUCUUUCCAUUCUCCAGGUCUGUGAUGCAGUGGCUGAACAGGGUCCAGUCCUUCCUCUACUGCAAUGAGAACAGUUUCUGGGGUACCUUCCUGGAGAGUCAGAGGAUGUGCGUGUGCCACACGGGUGUCACCCUAUGCCAGCGACCCAUCCCAUGUAUCAUCGGGGGCAACAACAGCUGUGCCAUGUGCAGCCUGGCCAACAUCUCUCAGUGCGGCUCCUGCAACAAGGGGUACAAGCUGUACCGAGGCCGAUGUGAGCCCCAGAACGUGGACUCAGAGCGCAGCGAGCAGUUCAUCAGCUUCGAGACCGACCUGGACUUCCAGGACCUGGAGCUCAAGUACUUGCUCCAGAAGAUGGACUCGCGCCUCUACAUCCACACCACCUUCAUAAGCAACGAGAUCCGCCUGGAGACCUUCUUCGACCCGCGGUGGCGCAAGCGCAUGUCCCUGACCCUGAAGAGCAACAAGAACCGGAUGGACUACCUCCACAUGAUCAUUGGGCUCUCCAUGAAGAUCUGCCAGAUGCGCAACAGCAGCAUCGACCCCAUGUUCUUUGUUUACGUGAACCCAUUCAGCGGCAGCCACUCAGAGGGCUGGAGCAUGCCCUUCGGCGAGCACGGCUACCCACGCUGGGAGAAGACGAGGCUGGGAAACUCCCAGUGCUUCAACUGGACCCUGCUGCUGGGCAACCGGUGGAAGACCUUCUUUGAGACGGUACACAUCUACCUACGAAGCCGCGCCAAGGUGCCCACUGGGUUGCGCAACGACACGGGCCAGGGUCCCGUGGACCUGUCCGACCCCAACAAGCGCCAGAUCUACAUCAAGAUCUCCGACAUCCAGGUGUUUGGUUACAGCCUGCGCUUCAACGCAGACCUGCUCCGCAGCGCUGUGCAGCAGGUGAACCAGUCGUACACCCAGGGGACCCAGUUUUACUCCUCCUCCUCCGUCAUGCUCUUGCUGCUGGACAUUAGGGAGCGGAUUAACCGCCUGGCCCCUCCAGUGGCACCCGGGAAACCCCAGCUGGACCUGUUUUCCUGUAUGCUGAAGCACAGGCUCAAGCUGAACAACAGCGAGAUGAUCCGGGUCAACCACGCCUUGGACAUGUACAACACAGAGAUACUGAAACAAUCAGAUCACCUGACUACCAAACUCUGCUGA